AUGGGUGUCACCCCCCCCCCCGUGGCUCGCGCCCCUCCCGCCGGGGGUCCCGGUGCUCCCGGCGCUGCUCACCCCGGCGGGGGCCCCGGUGCCGGGAGUUUAGGACCCGGCGGGGCGAGGCGGCGCCGGUGCCGGUCCCGCCCCGGCCCCAUUGUCUGGGCGCGGAGGCGGAGGGACGGCAGCGGCGGCGCCGUUCGCACGGACCGCGCCGCGGAGCCCUCCCGGCCCCGGUACCGGCCCCGGUACCGGCCAUGGCCCCGGCCCCGGGGGCCCGCCUGGCGCUGCUGGCCGCCGCCCUGCUCGGGGCAUCAGCGAGCGGCGACUGGGCCCCCCCGGAGCCCAGUGUUCCUGCCGGCGGAGCUGGAGGUGCUGGCGGUGCCCGAGCACUACCGGCUGCAGCGGGCGGACGGGGACCUGGCCGCCAACACCUCCCUGCGCGCCCGCACCGAGACCUUCCUGCUGCUGCCGCACUGGCUCCGGCGCCCAGCCGCUGCUCCGGGCGUCCUACACACCCUUCAGCACCCGGCAGGAGGUGCCCACCCGGAGCCCCCCGGAGAAGGAGGGCUGGGCUGUCCGUGCCGUGUCCCUGGAGAGCGCCGUGUCCCCGGACGAGCCCGUUGCCCGCGUCCUCUUCCACCUGCGGGGUCCCGACUGGCUGCCGGGGCAGCGGGAGCCCCCCGGGGAGCGGGACUUGCCCUGCGUCACCCUCCAUGCCCACCACCGUGGCCGGGUGGCGCGGGGCGCCUGCCGCCUGCAGGCUCCUCUGGGUGUCUGCGUGGUGGAGCUGGAGAUCCCCCCCCGCUGGUUCUCCCCGGCAGCCCCUGCCCCCCGUGCCCCCCUGGAGCCGGCCUGAGCUGCACUACGGCGUUUUGGGGCCGGGGGCGUGCGGCCGUGCCGGGGGCCGGGGGGGGUCGGACUGCAGGGCCACGGGAGGCCCCACGGUACCUGGGGCCGCUGGAGCUGCGCGUGGCGGCGCCGGCACGGCGGCAGGAGGUGCGGCUGGACGAGCGGGUGCUGCUGCGCGUCCCCGACGCCACGCUGCGCCCCGGGCAGCGCUUUGCCGCCACCCUCGCCCUGCGGCACAACUUCACCGCCCAGCAGCUGACCCUGCGGAUCAAGGCCAAGAAGGGGCUGCUGGUGGUGGCAGCCCGACCUGGGGACCCUGCCUGGGCCGUGCAGCUGGAGCGCACCCGCGGCCCCAAGCACUGGACGGCCGUGGUGACGUGCCGGCGGAGCGGGGACACCCACGGGGACUGGAGGGCGUCGGAGGCGGUCGAGUUCCUGCACCUGGACCUGGCCGUGGAGAACGGGACGGGGGGGCUGGCGCCGGCGCGGCCCCUCACCUGGCAGGUGGAGUACCCCGGCCAGGACCCCGAGGCGCAGAAGGACAAGCUGGUGUGGGAGGUGCAGGUGUCGGAGCGGGACGUGCGUGCCCUCGUCCCCUUGGUGCAGGAGCUGGAGCUGCUGAACACAGCCCCGCUGACCGGCGUCCCCCGCGCGGUGCCGGUGACGUUGGUGACGGUGGAGGCAGGGGGCGGCGUGGCUGAGGUGACCGAGCCGCUGGGCUGCGAGUCGGCCGACAAGCAAGUGCUGCAGGUGGCAGACAGCUGCGACGCGGUGUUCGUGGGGGGCAAGGAGAGCCGGGGGGCGCGGGGGGCGCGGGUGGACUUCUGGUCGCGCCGCCUGCACGCCUCGCUGCUCUUCACCGUCUGGGCCCCGCUGCUGCCGCUCCGCAUCCAGCUCGGCGACACCACCCUGGAGCAGCUGCGGGGCUGGCGCCUGCCCGGUGCCACCGAGAGCGCUGACGGGGAGGCGGAUGAGCCCGGGGAGGAGGCGGAGCGGCGGGCGCGGGGCUGCCGGCCCCAGUACCAGCGCACGUCGGUGCGCUUCCUGGCGCACUUCGUUGCGCACCCACGGGACGGUGGCCGUCACCUCUCCUACCUGCCCGGCCCCGAGUGGCUCCUGGAUGUCACCCACCUGGUGGCUGGCCGGGCACGUGUGCAGGACCCCCGUGUGGCGACGCUGGAGGGGGACACCGUGGUGGUCGGCCGGGAGCCCGGCGUCACCUCUGUGGAGGUCCGCUCCCCCGUCUCGGACUCCAUCCUGGGCGAGCAGACGCUGGUGGUGUCGGAGGAGAAGGUGACGGUGACCGAGCUGCGUGCCCAGCUGGUGCAGGGGCUGGCGCUGGCGCUGCGGACGGAGCCGGGCCACCCCGGCGUGGUCACGGCCACCUGCCAGGCCACGGGCUCGCUGCGGACCCCCAAGCAGGAGGCGACGCUGUCCGUCUGGCUGUCCUUCUCCGACGGCACGCUGGCCCCAGCUGAGCUGUACGGCUGGCAGGACGUGGCGCUGGCCGUGACCUCGCAGGACCCUGCCGUGGUCACCGUGGCGGGGGGCUUGCCCGGGGCCCCCUCCUGGCGCCCGAGGGUGCUGGCGGAGGGGCCGGGGCGGGGGGCCCUGCUGCAGCUCAGCCUGCACCCCCCAGAUGCCUGCCGCCGGGGUCGGCACCGGGCGGCCGCCCUGGCCACCGGCUCUGCCUGGCUGAGGUGGGGGCUGCUCGGCGCGGGACCCCCCCCGGCAGCCCCCGGCCCCCCGCACCCUUCCCGCGGGCCGAGGGGGCCUAUGUCAGGGGAGGCGGUGACGGCGGGCGGCGAGCCCCGCAGGAGGAACCCCGGCGGCGUGGGUCCGGCCUCCACCAAGCUGCAGGGGCUGGGGUCUUCCUCGGAGGAGGAGGAGGAGGAGCAGGGGGAGGAAGGCCGUGGGCGUGCGGGCAGGGAGGAGGAGGAGGAGGAGGAGGAAGAGGAGAUGGUGAAGGCCCCGGCGCGGGUGACCGACCUGGAGAUCGGCAUGUACGUCCUGCUGGGUGUCUUCUGCCUGGCCAUCUUCAUCUUCCUCGUCAACUGCAUCUUCUUCGUGCUGCGCUACCAGCAGAAGGAGCCCCCCGACGCCGGGGCCACCCCCUCGGCUCCCCAGCCCCACAACUGGGUCUGGCUGGGCACUGACCAGGAGGAGCUGAGCCGGCAGCUGGACCGCCAGCAGCCGGAGCCCCCCGCCCCGGCGCCCCCCCAGCCGGGCACGGAGGCCGGGCGCUGCUGCUGCGGGGACCCCCAGGUGCCCGCCGUGGGGUCUCCCCCCACAGCCCCGCCGCCAGCCGGCACCCCCCCGGCCCGCAAGGAAGGGGCUGCACCGGGGGGCGGCCGGCGGAAGCGUGUGGAGUUUGUCACCUUCGCGCCCCCCCGGGUCCCCGAGGAGCCCCCCCAGCCCGCCCCCAACGUGCAGUCCAUCCUCGUGGCCAGCGAGGACGACAUCCGCUGGGUGUGCGAGGACAUGGGGCUGCGGGACCCCGAGGAGCUCAGGAGCUACAUGGAGAGGAUCCGGGGCAGCUCCUGACCCCGGGGGGCAGCCCCAGCCCACCCCCCCUCCCCGAGCUGGCACUGCCCUACGGGACCAGCCUCCUCCCUGUCCCCAUCCCUCCUGGUGGCCUCAGCAGGGACACCGGAGGGCCUGGCCCCAAGGCUGUCGGGGUGGCAGCCGCCCACCCCGCAGCAUCCCUCCUGGGGGGUGGGGGUCUCCUCACCCUGGCCCCGCCGUGGUGCCGGAGGGCGUGGGGAGGCUGCGGCCCCCCCUUGCUGUGGGUCUCAUUGCGACGUUGUGUUCAUAGUGCUGAUGAUGAGUCCUGUGGUCCGACCUGGGGAGCGCCCCGCGCCCCCCCUCUCCCCCCCAAAUCCCCCUGGCCACACGUCCGUUUUGUAUCCAUACCGCUGUGGGAUGGGGCCGCUGCGGGGGCCUGUUAUUUAUGGAAGAUUUUUAAUUCUGACGUUGUUACAAAAAUAAAAUAUUUAAAAAAGCUGA